GAUUAAUUGUUCAAAAUCUACGAUAAUGAAUUAGAUCGGUUUUCUGGCAAUCUUUCGGAAUCUGAUAAGUGACCUUAAAGUCAGUGCGAAUGCGCAAAAUUUUACCCCCACCUAUUAUCCACGAGCCAAUGACAAAUCGAUAUAUUCGAAAUUUUUACGUGAAAGCUCGAAGCUUGAACUAUUCUUAUCGGUAGUAGCUACUACGGAACUCACGACGAGUGGUUAUGUUCAUAGAUGUAUUGCUGAGAAAGGAUUAAAUACCUGCAGUAGGGAUACCUGCAGAAUACAAACAGAAGACUUAUCCGAAUCAAGUUCAAUAGAAUCGAGUUUGUUAGAAAAUAUGAAGACAGUAUGGGUGAUUGGUGGUCCUGGCUGUGGAAAAGGAACCCAGUGCGAUCGAAUAAUCAAAAAAUAUGGAUUUUUACAUUUGAGCAGCGGUGAUCUUUUGCGAGAUGAAGUAGCAAGCGGUAGUCCUAGAGGAGCUUCGCUACAGGAAUUAAUGUCGAAAGGGUUGUUCGUGCCAACGGAUAUUGUGUUGGAUCUUAUAAAGGAAAAGAUGGAAAAAGCUCGUAUCGAAGGUACCACCAAAACAGGUUUCCUUAUAGAUGGAUAUCCUCGUGAAUUGGAGCAAGGAAUCCUUUUUGAAAAAAAUGUUUGUCCGGUUGAUCUCAUUUUAUUUUUUGAUGUAUCUAAUGAGACGAUGACCAAAAGGCUUCUCGGUCGUGCCGCAGUAUCUCAAAGAGCUGACGAUAAUGCUGAAACCAUUAAGAAAAGGAUCGAAAUAUUUAAUCAAAAGAAUGGCGAAAUUGUAAAAAAUUAUGAGGACAAAGUUGUCAGGAUUAACGCUGAAGGAACCGUCGAUGAAAUAUUCGAUGAAGCUUGUAAAGCGCUCGAUCGUUUGUUGGCUUAAUGUUUUGGCAAAGCCCACAACCUUUGUGAACUUUUCUCAAGCAUUGCCUAAUUGUCUGUCACGUCCAAAAGAGAUUUAAAUUUUUAGAUAGAUAUAUUAAGCAAUACGAAGUGUGUGAUCAUAACUUUGACAUUAUGUACCUGUCCUAAAAAUGAAAAAAUUACUUGGAUUAGUAUGACGUAA